AUGAAUCGAAAUGAAGGUGAUAGCUCGAGCGAUGAUGAAUUGGAAUCUUUCUUAGAGAGAAACGUCAAUAGAAAUGUCAAGCAAAUAGUCUCAAGAAGGAGCCUGCCGCAGCAGAAGGAUCUCUUCGGACAAAUUCUUCCCAACCAACAGCCCUAUUACGAGGAGAUUCAAACCAAAGUCACAUACGGUCCUACACACCAUGAACUAAAUAUGGAUAGCCUUGGCACGUAUAUUUAUCCAACGAAUUAUGAGGUUCGUGAGUAUCAAUUUCAGAUCGUUAAAAAAGCACUGUAUGAGAACCUAAUAUGUGCCAUUCCAACUGGUACCGGUAAAACAUUCAUAGCCAGCACAGUGAUGCUGAACUUUUAUAGGUGGACAAAGACUGCUAAAAUCAUCUUCACCGCUCCCACAAGACCUUUGGUGGCGCAGCAAAUCAAAGCAUGUCUUGGGGUCACUGGUAUUCCCCACAGUGAUACCGCGAUUCUACUAGACAAGUCAAGAAAGAACAGGGUGGAGAUUUGGGCGUCGAAAAGAGUGUUUUUUACCACUCCUCAGGUGGUUGAAAACGAUCUUAAGAGGGGAGUUUUGAAUCCCAAAGACGUUGCAUGUUUGGUGAUUGAUGAAGCGCAUAGAGCUCGAGGCGCAUACUCUUACGUGGAGGUCACCAAAUUCAUGGAUCGCUUCAACACUUCAUACAGGCUUUUGGCUUUAACUGCCACUCCUGCGGCCGAUUUAGAAGGUGUUCAAGAGGUAGUUCACAAUUUGAAUAUCUCUAGCAUUGAACUGAGGACCGAAGAAGAUGCAGACGUCUCGCGGUACAUGAAGAGGCGUGACAAGGAGGAAAUUAACGUAGGGCUACUUCCAGAAAUCGAAGACCUCAUAGAACAGCUUGGCUUGGCUGUGAUGCCAGUCCUUAAAGAAGCAGUGGAGCUUGGCAUUUACGACGAUUGUCACCCUUCACAAAUUAAUGCAUUUAUCGCCUUACAGAAAAGCCAGAAGCUUAUAGCGAAUCCUACAAUUCCAGAAGGUAUCAAGUGGAGAAACUUUUUUAUUUUGCAACUUCUCAGCCAUGUUGGGCAUAUGCUCAAAAGGCUCAAAAUUUAUGGAAUCAGAGCUUUUUACAAGUACUUUGAGAAUAAGCACAAAGAAUUCACAACCAAAUAUGGUAUGGGAAAGUCAACCAACAAAACAGCAGCGUCUUUCUUUUACAAUCCGAUCCUGAAAAAUGUCAUGAAAAAUUGUGAGAGACUGCUGACAACUCCCAAUUUUCUGGGACACGCCAAGCUGGGACACGUCCAAGAGGAACUAAAAGGUUUCAUUCAAGAUUGUCUGCCGAGUUCUCGAGUUAUCAUCUUUACCGAACUCAGGGAAUCUGCUUUAGAAAUAGUAAAGUGUAUUGAUUCCAUGCAGAUUAGUGGACUCCGGCCACAUAUAUUUAUUGGCCAGGCUCGUGGUAAAGAGGGCUUUGAUGAUGAAGAAUAUACAAGAAAGCAUAAGCCAAAAGGUAGGAAAAAAGCAGAUCGAUUGCAGCGGCUUGAAGAUGAAAAAGCUCGAGAGGAAGAGAAAAAGAAGGAGAAAGAAAAGAAGCGUUUAGAUAGAGCUUGCAGUCGCACUGGAACAUCAGAAGAGGCCCAGAUUACAGGAAUGAACCAAAAGCAGCAAAAGGAAGUUCUUCAAAACUUCAAAGAUGGUAUCUAUAACAUUUUGGUGUGCACCUCUAUCGGAGAAGAAGGUUUGGACAUUGGGGAGGUUGAUUUGAUAAUUUGUUAUGAUGCUACGAGCAGUCCGAUCAAAAAUAUUCAAAGAAUGGGUAGAACAGGAAGAAAAAGGGAUGGGAAAGUUAUCCUGCUUCUGAGCAGUACUGAAGGCAAAAAGUUUUCACAAGCUAUGGUGGAUUACUCCGAAUUACAGAGGAUAGUUAGUCGAAAUUCUCUUGAAUACCGUCAAUCAGAUAGAAUACUGCCUUCAAAUUUGGACCCCUUGUGUGAGAAGAAGUUUAUCACCAUAGGAGAGGAGGAAGAUGAGCUUAAUAAUAUAGACAACUCGGACGAUGUCAUCAAGUUUGCGACGCAAGCCAUGAUGGGAAAACUUGACAUCAAAAAAAACAAAGCGACAAGAAAGAAGAAGAGUAAGGCUGAGGAGAAGACUUUUUUCAUGCCAGACAACGUUCAAACUGGAAUUAUAUCUGCUAGCAGCAUGGUAAACAAGUUUGUUGAGGACUCUAACGGAAACAAAAUAGAAGUCGCAAAGCUGGAACCUCAAGUUGACCUCCGGUACGCUGUCUUGGACAGUAUUGCAUUUGAAUCACUAAAUUCUUCGCCGGUGAAGCCGGAGACAGAAACAUCAAGCCAGCUCGAUUCAGUUAAAAUGAGCUCAAUCCUGGCGCGUCACAGACAUACCUCCAGAAGCACUGAUACUGCCGAUACAGACCGUACCUCGAUAUUCUCCGACCCGCCAACCUCAUUGAAAAGGCCAUUUGCUGCCGGCACCCCCGGAAAUUCUUUUGAUGAGGCCAUGCCACCUCUUAAAUGUAACAAGAAUCGACAAACAUCGUUUUCAGGUUUCCAACCCGACGAGCUGUCGAUACCUCUUACUGCAAAGAGCCAAGAGAGCCUAGGAAGCGGUAAAAUGGACAACAAUGUUUACAAGAACAGAUUUCAAGUACUUGAUGGCCUUUUGAGUUCUCAGGAACGACGAUAUUUCGAAGAAAACUACUCCGCACUACGCAGCGUGUGCAUAGAGCCGGUUCCGAAUUUUCGUCAGUAUAUAAAAACUGGCAUGUUUCCACACUCUGCAAAAACACAGCAACUAAUUACUGCAUUUGAGCAAAUGGAUGCUAACACCAGAGAGAGCAUAUUGAGUAUGAGUACACAUAAAGCAUUUGCUACUAAACUGGAAAACUCGGCAGCCUUCGAGAGUCCUCAGAAGUUGCUGCAUUCUGCGGUAGUGAAAGAUAGUGAUGUCCGGUACAUUGCUACCGAAGUAUAUGGCGGGUCGCGCUCAAUCCAAGACAACCAAGAUAUCAACGGUAAGCAAGCGGAGCUCUCAGAUUUCCUAGACUCUGAUUUCUCUGAUCUGUAG